GUCCACGUGUCAAUACUAAAUUGGAUGUCUUUACAUUUCAAGAAUGACGUGGCGUUAUAUAAUUGGUCGUCACGCUAACGAAUUGCGUGGCCUCAGAACAGACAAAAACUCAAUUCAUAAAAAGAAAUGGUCGACGAGUCUGCAAUUUACGGACAUUGACGAAUUCUCCUUAAUCACAGAAAUUGAGCCGAAUCAGUUGAAAAACAAGAAGUGAAGCAAAAAUGGUUGGAGGUGGAGCUCCACAGAGAGGAAGUGCAGCUGCAACUGCAAGUAUGAGGAGGAGGAAGCCUGCUGGUGGCAGUAGCAGCGCCGGUGGUGGAGCAGCUGGAACAAUGCUUCAGUUCUACACAGACGACGCUCCUGGUCUCAAGAUUUCUCCAAAUGUUGUUCUUAUCAUGAGCAUUGGUUUCAUUGCUUUUGUUGCUGUUCUUCAUGUCAUGGGUAAGCUCUAUUUUGUCAAGAGCAAAUGAAGAGGAUACAAACAAAGCAAUGUCAUCAUACCUUUUUCACUGUUUAGAAUUUUGUCAGUAUAGUCGUUUCAUUCAUGUUUUCAGUUUUUGUUGUUUUUCUUGACUAGUCUCAAUCGAUCUCAAUUUUGCAGUUUCUUGAUAUUUCAAGUUUUGUCUUUCUUUAUACAAACUUUUAAUCCUCUUGUUUCUUGGUUUGGUAUUGAAACCAGAAAUACCAAACUAAUCUAAUUUCUUUAUACAAACUAAGCGGAAAAUUAACCUAAUUAGAUUAGUUUGGUAUUUCUGGUUUCGAUAUUUUCAUUUGAAGAACUUGCUUUGGUUACGAUUCGGUUUCGGGGUUCUGGAUUUGAAUAAACAGUGACAUUAUACACCACAUUAUGGUUCAUUUUUCAGAUCAUUUGUUUGUUCUGUUUCGGUGUUUCCGCCUUAUCAGUUUAGUUUAUUUAGAAGAGGUUUAAGCAUUUGUAAAAGAGUAUUGGUAAUUUCUGUUUCAGAUGAAAUAAACCAAACUGAAGUACAAUAGAUGGGAGAAUUGGGGUUGGUACGACUUUGGUUACUAUCUUUAAGAAAGUGGUAAACUUCAU